GAUCAGGUAGUAAAACAUUUAUUUUGAACUGAAGAUUAAUAACCAGGUACCAGAGUUCGUGCUUCUGCUGAUCAUUGUCUGCUGUGGGAAAAUGGCUGAUUUUGGAGAGAUUCUGAGGGCAAUCGGAGACUUUGGUUUCUUCCAGAAGGUUAUCAUUCUCGGGUUAGGCUUCCCAAAUAUCUUAAUACCACUUUGCUUUUGUAGUUGUGUUUUUCUUCAGUCAGAUCCAGAGCGCCACUGCAACACAGACUGGAUCCUCAGGGCUGACCCUAAUCUGACCGCAGAUGAGCAGCUGAACCUGACUGUGCCCCGGGAGGAGGAUGGGACCUUCAGCAGGUGUCGGAUGUUUGUGCCUGUGGACUGGGACAUCGGUGCCAUCAGGGAGUAUGGACUCAAUGAGAGCACAGGGUGCCAGAAUGGAUGGGUGUACUACAACACACUGUAUGAAGCCACCAUAGUCACUGAUUCUGACAUUUUUAUUGCAAUUUUUUUAAGGUGGAUUCCUGAAUCUGCAAGGUGGUUGCUGGGACAGGGCAGACCCAAAGAAGCCAAUGAGCUGAUAUGUAGAGUUGCAGCAAUAAAUAAAAAAGAAAUUCCAGAGAAUCUGCUGAACAAGGCAAGAAUGAAUUUCAUCAAAAUUUAUUUAUUUUUGGUUGUAUUCAGGUUUUCACUAAAUCUAGGAUACUACUGCCUCAUUCUGAAUGUGGGUAGGUUUGGUCUUGACAUCUUCCUGGUUCAGUUGUUGUUUGGGAUCUCUGAGAUUCCAGCAAAUCUCCUCUCCAUCUGGCUUCUGGAGUUGGUGGGGAGAAAAUUAUCUCUGAUAUCAACCCUUCUGACAGCAGGCUCUUUUUGCCUUUUGACCCUGGCUUUUCCUCAAGGUGCCUUUCCUGUCCUCCACACUCGUUUUAUGUGGAUACAUCAGUUUCACUGUCAGCAGUUUGAUAUAUUGUACUUACAUUUUUAUUCCAGACAGUGCUGUUGUUGUUAUAGCCCUUGUAACCACAGGAAAGUUAUUUUUGAACUGGGCUAGUACAAUAUGUUUGAUCUACAUUCAGGAAUUGUUUCCCACUUCUGUCAGGUAUGCAAAAUCAAAGUAUACAAACUAUACAAUUACAGAUACUGCGCAUAUACACAGUAUAUAUUUGAAAAUGACCUCCAUGUUUUCCUCUUUCAGGCAAACAGCUGUUGGCUUGGGCUCCAUACCCUUUAGAGUAGGAGGGAUGCUGUCUCCACUGCUCAACAUGUUGGCUGUAUUACACCAGUCCAUACCCAUCACAGUCUUCAGUGUCCUUGUACUGCUCAGUGGAUCUCUUGUGUUUCUCCUUCCUGAGACCAGCAAAAAAGAACUCCCUGAUUCAACCAACAAGGCAGAGGGCAACGUGUAAGCGAGCUGCAUGGAGAAGACCAAACUGCAACACUAAUUUACUGAGGAAUUGUGGCAAUACCUGCUUUUGUUGGAGGUCACCCAGGGAAAUCUACCUGAACUAACAUCGAUCCAAUGCUGUUGAGUUGUGUAUGCAGAGAGUUAGAUAAGGACAUUUCUACUGCUCAUAUACUGUAUGUCCAGUAAAUAGAAAGCUACAAGGGAGAGUUGGUUUAAACUGGAAACAAGGGGAACCAGGUAGUGUAUCUCUGUCCAAGGGUUUAAAGUCCUCCUACACACAUGCCUCAAGCUCACAAAUGAAUAGGUUAUCUCAUUUGGUCAAACUGUACAAGCAUCAAUGUAAAAGGCGUGAUAUUGAGACACAAAAUGUCCCAUAAAGCUACAUUUUCAUCUACACAAAUUGAAUAAGAUGUAGCAUAUCAAUUACUGAUAUUUAGAGGUGCCGGUAGGUGGAAUUUUCCUACCUUCCUUUAGAGCCAGUCUAGAUGUUGCCCUCUGUUUUCAGUCUUUAUGCUAAGCUAAGAUAACCAACUGCU